AUGGUCAACAUGCUUGCUCUUGUUAUCGCUUGUCUCUCGCUCGCAUGGAUAUCUGUCGCUGUGCGAUUCUGGGUCAAAAUCUUUGUGAUUGGCCGCGUUCGGUGGGAUGAUUGGAUCUUGCUUAUGGCAGUCGUCUUGUUUAGUGGUCAGUGUGGUUGCGUCCUGACCAUGACCACCGCCACUCCCAGCUCGAACCUCGUCUCUUACAUGUUCAUUGCUUCAUACAACCUCUCGAUCUUGACGUCAGUUUGCGUCAAAACUUCUUUUGCGCUCUCCUUGAACCGUUUCUUCGGCGAACGAUGGCAGCGCCUACUCGUCACAUGCUUGACGCUCACCUACUACUUAUUCGCGACGACUGAAAUCUUCCUCGAUCUCUUCUUCUGUGGACCACCUUCGAACUUGACUGGCAAAGAUAGUCUGCGACAAUGCAAGCACUGGUCAGACAUGUUGGUCUGGUGGCUAUGUGCUACAAUUUUCAACUCCGUUGCAUGCUGGAUAUAUAUAUUGCUUCCGGCUGCAGUCGUCUGGACGUCCAACCUUAGUCUCAAGGUCAAGUUCGCGAUCUCACUCAUCACCAUGGUGGGCGUUGUGAGCGGUACGGCUACUAUCUUGCGUGUACUGGGAUCUGGCAGUUUUACGAAGCUGAGGGAGUUCAACCCAACCAAUAUUACAGUCAUUGCAUGCGCUGUACUCGAGAUGGCAUUUUCGAUCAUUGCCACGUCUAUGACAAACUCAACUCAACUCCCAGUCAUGCUGGCUCGAAGCAAGAGUCGCGCUGUCGGGAUGACGACUGUUGAUGAAACAUGCCUUAAGGGCACAACUCCCGAUAUGAGCAAGCUCCCACCUAUCAUCAAUCAGCAGAAGUGUGGCGCCGAUGCAUCCUGGGACUUCGCGCAGACACUGGAAGGAGACACUCUUGCUAGUAUAGGAGCGCAUUCGUUGCAUGUGCCUAAAAGCAAGACCAAAGGUUCCUGUUGGUCGCAAACCUUUGACGCGCCCAAGAUUCCUGCGCCUGCCAGACUCACUCUUCUCAUUGACGACAUCAGCGAUGAUGAGGAUGAUUGUGGAAUGAUGACCAUGAGUGUGGGAUGA